CACACAUGCACACACAGAGAGCUGGAUGCUGAGCUGGGACACAGACUCGCCCCAACCUGGCAACUGUUCAUUAGAGCAUCAUGGCUACAGGCAUCAUCAGGAACUUCCUCGUCCAGGCCCCGACGUCGGCCUACUUCCCUCUGAUGUUCCAGCACUCGCCGUGCAAAGAAGACAGAAAAGACGAGACGCUGGAGGCGAGGGGAGAGGAGGAGGAGGAGGAUGAAGGCUCCGAAGCCCCGGAGGAGGAGGAGGAGGGUCUGGAGGAGGUGUUCCUGAACCCACCACCCUGCGCUCUGGAUCUGACCAAGCAGCUGCUGGGAUUCGCAGACCUCAUCAGCCGCGACGUUCAGAGGUAUUUCGGCCGCACCUCCGGGGAUCAAGACGCCUGCGACGUCUACGGCAACUCCGAGUUCGUCACGACCAGCGGACGCCUGCGCUACUACGACGACCUGCUGAGGAUCGCGCGGGCGGGAGCCCCAGAGGAUCAUGGGAGCAGCUCGGCGCGGCGCUGCGAGGAGCGAGGGGCCGCGGCUGCCGACGCCGGCGGCCUGGGGCCCCUGGCCGAGCUGUUCGACCAGAACCAGAACCAGAGCCGCGGCCGCCCCAUGACCAAGCGCCACCUGCCCCUCAGCUUCUGGACCGAACCCGUCGCCUGCUCCGCCGUGGGCGCUUUCAGCAGCGCGACCUUUGACCUCGCCGCGCAGGACAGCGCACACGCGCACUAUAACACGCUCCCGCAUCACAGCGCUCACGCCCUGGACGGAACUCAGCCCGACUUCAGCGACCUGCUGGCGAACUGGGAUCCGAACCCGGAGCUCGCACACACACUGACAGAGAACACACACAUGCAGCAUUAAAGGCAGUGAGGCUUCAGUUAUGUCCCGUUUUGUACAAGUUCAUAAUAAAGAA